CAGAAAAACAUUUUCACUAUAUAAGCCUCGAGUUUUUAGAAACAUCAAGGACUUUGUUUUUUAGAAAUUCUGCUAGCGUUAUAGAUUUUUUAGCGCGAACAAAAGAUGAUGGACAAACUUCUCGUUCACAUAGCAUUAUUCACUGGAUUGUUGUAUGUGUCAUUGGCCUGUAAUGGCUACAAAGCUAAAUUAUUAAAAGUGGAAAACUGCGCAGGACCGGAUGCUAUUGUUACUAUAGAUGAAAACUUCUCUGUAAAGCUGAACAAGCAAUGCGAAAUUGUGCCCAAAGGAUGUGUGCAUACUAAGGCAUUUAACACCGCAGUUUCCAAUUACAAAGUGGUCAAGGAUGGUAUUACGCUGGCAGAGGGUCAAAUGGAUAUGUGUAGCAUGGCCAAUCAGAUUCCCGAUGAGGCUAAGCAAUAUGUAACAAUGUUUGGAGCUCCAUCAUCGUGUCCAGUAGUGGAGGAUAAUGUCUGUGGAAAUGAGAAUAAAAUUGAUUUGUCCAAAUAUAAGGGCAUGCUUAGUCUCGCGCGUGGUAAAAUAAUCGUUGAUUCGAAUAUAGAACAUGAUACUGGAAAAUCCUGUUUUCACAUCGAAAUGGAAAUAUCGAAAUAAUACGGAGACUAGCUUAGAAACCUUCCCAGGAUAUGUACUUGUUAUUUUUGUAUAUUUUAAUAUUUACGCAACUGUUUGUUAUAAAAUUAAUUUUUUGUUUAAUAAAUAAUGAACACUUAAGGGUUUGUGAAU